AUGUCAUACUUGAAUCCGUACUAUUCGAGUAAGCCUCGAAAUAUAAACGUGCCAAAAAGUUUCACAAACAACGCUCGGACCCAGAUCCAUCAGCAAUUAAAAUUAAAGCACGGCCCGUCACCUUUAGCCAUCUCCUCAACCAUUAGCAACAGUAAUAGUGGGUCAUCAAGCACAAUAAACUUAUCUUCCAGUACGAAUAACAAUAAUUCAGUGAACGAUGGCACCUUCAAUAAUAAUAGUGAUGAAAAUUUAUUUAGAGUCUCGUCAAAUUCAAGUUUAUCAUCUACUUCAUCUAAAAAAAUGAAAAUAUUAGGAGCUUUCAAAUUAAAAUCUAAAGUAUCAAAUGAUAAUAGCUCAGGCGAUUCUGUAUCGUCGACACCAUCGAUAUUCAAUAAACUAAAACGACCAAACAAGCAUGAGCAAAACAAUAAUGUCAAGCAAGCAGUAAAAACAACGCCAGCUUAUGAUAAUGAUGAAGAUGUUGAAAUGGCCGAUAUUAGCUCAGAUACCCAAUCAAUACAAUCAACAACAUCCUCAGCAGCAGAAGGGUCAUUAAUGACUAACCAGUCCUCGCUAUUCUCAAUAAUGUCAAAUCAGACUUCAACGAUAACCAACCCAUCUCUAUCAACAAUUAAUUUAUCUAUCUCUACUCCAAUAAUAACCUUGGCUGAAGCAUUGCCAACCUCUUUCAAAGACAUGUACCCUUCGCAAUAUUUUGAGCAGUCUUCGCUGGCUAGCCAUGAUGGUAGACCAUUGUUUACUAAACGUCCUUUGAUAGAUUGGCAAUUGAAUGACUUGCGUUCUUUGUUGAUUGUUUGCGAUUUGAAAAUGGAAUGGAACCAUCAAGUGCCAAUCAUUUAUUCUCCUCCAGGAUUUAGAAUUCAAUACCUUCCUUUGGAUGCCUUGGAUGACCAAAUUGUAGAUGUGUUGGUGAAAAGUGACAUGUAUAUGGAAAGAAUCAAGGACCAUGAGUUUCGGUACCAGAUUGCCAAAAGAACCGUCGAGGCCUCGAGAGAUCGUCACAAUUUAGCUGUCAUGGAAUCAUUAUCAUCCAACAAACUUACUAUCAAAGAUCAUUUUUUACACAAGUAUGAAUGGCGGAAUUUGAUUGAGAACUUCUUGUUGAAUUUGGCGAUCGAGGCUCAAUGUCGUCAUGAUUUGAAGAAAAUCGUUCUGAGUUUAAAGAAACAGCGCAAGGCAAUGAUCCAACGCGGCGAAACACCAAAGAAAUUUGUUCCGCCACCGCCUUAUUCCUCCUCCUCCUCCUCCUCUUCUGCCUCCAAAAAACCUACGGAAUCGUUAUUGAAAAAGGCAAUUUUGAAUGACUAUACCAUCUAUUCUAAGUCACAAGGUCAAGCGCCAACCCUCCCAACAUCUUCCUUCUCUGGUAGAUCAUCAUCAAAUAAGAUUUCUCCUUCUGCUGACACUGGCUCUGAUAAUGGUAGCACUGGUAGCAAUGGUUACACGUACGUUACCAAAGAUGAAAUCAAUUUAAUUUGGGGUCAAGUACAAGAAAAUGUGUAUGGAAGAUUGGGUUUGAAUUGGAAACCUGAUGUAUGA